UGCUUGGCAGCCUGGUGUCUGCUUCUAAACUUCCUCCUUCGAGGCCUGGCUUAGGGAGAAACAGAAUUAAUUUCUUCCCUGUUUGUUUGUCCUCCAUAGCACUUCAUAUACAUACACACCUUCACGGCAACAGCACUUACCACAUCUGUGUCAUCAGAGGUGGCCUCAGUAACAUGCUGUUCCAGUGCUCCUUACCUGACACCGUGGCCACCAUUGGUGACGAGCCUCGGAAAGUGCUCCUGCGGCUGUACGGGGCGAUUUUAAAGAUGGUAUUUUUGAUAAAGCUGUGGAAUGGAAAGAGGUCCUGUAAUAAAGAGGGAUCCGAACAAGCUCAGAAAGAAAAUGAAUUUCAAGGGGCCGAGGCCAUGGUUCUGGAGAGCGUUAUGUUUGCCAUUCUCGCAGAGAGGUCGCUGGGACCCAAGCUCUACGGCAUCUUCCCCCAAGGCCGCCUGGAACAGUUUAUCCCGAGCCGGCGAUUAGACACUGAAGAAUUAAGUUUGCCAGAUAUUUCUGCAGAAAUAGCUGAGAAAAUGGCCACAUUUCAUGGUAUGAAAAUGCCAUUCAAUAAGGAACCAAAAUGGCUUUUUGGAACAAUGGAAAAGUAUCUGAAUCAAGUCCUGAGGGUCAAGUUUGCCGGGGAGCCCAGAGUGAAGCAGCUCCACAGACUCCUCCGCCACAACCUGCCUUUGGAACUGGAGAACCUGAGGUCGCUGCUGGAAUCCACCCCUUCUCCAGUUGUGUUUUGUCAUAACGACUGUCAGGAAGGUAACAUCUUAAUGCUGGAAGGCAGAGAGAAUUCUGAAAAGCAGAAACUGAUGCUCAUCGACUUCGAAUACAGCAGUUAUAAUUACAGGGGAUUUGACAUUGGGAAUCAUUUCUGUGAGUGGAUGUAUGACUAUAACUAUGAAAAGUACCCUUUCUUCAGAGCCAACAUCCUGAAGUACCCCACCAAGAAACAGCAGCUCCACUUUAUUUCCAAUUACUUGGCCGCAUUCCAAAAUGAAUUUGAAAACCUCAGUAAUGAAGAGAAGUGCAUUAUAGAAGAAGAGAUGUUGCUUGAAGUCAAUAGGUUUGCCCUUGCGUCCCAUUUCUUCUGGGGACUUUGGUCCAUCGUACAGGCCAAGAUUUCUUCCAUUGAAUUUGGGUACAUGGACUAUGCCCAGGCAAGGUUCGAUGCCUAUUUCGACCAGAAGAGGAAGCUUGGGGUGUGAGUGUGGGAGGCGCCAGCGGCUCCAUCCCUGGACCGUGCAGGGGCGGCCGAGCCAGAGGGGGCCCUCGGUGCUCCGACUGCCGUACCUGCGGCACGAAGGCUCGGAUGUCUCGCUGCCCAA